AUGGCAUUGAAGCUUAAAUCGACAUACACUAUUGUUCAAGGCGAUUUCAACGCAGUUGUCGGCUCCCGAUUGGACGAAACGGAACACCUCAUAGGAAGGUACGGCGCAGGAGUAAGAAAUGACAGAGGAAACCGUUUGAUCGAAUUUGCAGAACAACAUCGAUUCUCAAUAAUGAACACUUUCUUCGAGAAGAAAACGAAGCGUCUCUGGACAUGGAGAAGCUCAGACACGAGAACUCUGAGGCAAAUUGAUUAUGUGCUGACCGAUACGCCAAGAUUGUUUGCUGAUGUCUCUGUUAUAGGGGAAAAUGUGAUAACGACUGGCUCCGAUCAUCGGCUUUUGCGUUCGUUCUGCAUUCGCAAAAAAACACUCGUACGACAAACUUUCAAUGCCGAUAUGUAUGCUGCGAUGAUAGAGUCGUCAGAUCUACACAUGAAUACCGGAAGCAAUAUCGAUGCCGACUAUGAAGAUCUAGUGGGAAAAAUAACUCAGGCCGUGAAAGCAUCGAGCAUAGCAAUAGAGCCCGCAAGGCGACGACGUAUAUCGACAGAAACACUGCAGAUGAUGAAGAGGAGAGCACGCAUGAAGGCUGAAGGACGAGUGCAAAAUGAGGAAUACCGGACACUCUGUGAAGCGAUAAGGGAAAGAAUCAAGUGCGACUAUGAAGGCUACAGACAAAUGAAACUUCGCGAAGCAGCUGAGAAAGGGGCUAGCCUGAAAGCUGUAGAAAGGGAUAUCCGUCUAAGGCAACAUAUACCCUAUGCUCUCAAGGACGAUACAGGUGUUAGAACAACCAACCGCCCACGAAUGAACGAGAUAUGUACAAAGUUCUACAACGAUUUGUACUCCUCAAAGGUGGUUGUUGCAAGAACCUAUCCGAAACGUUGCAGAAGAACCGAUCCCAGAAGUAAUGUGGGAAGAAGUGGAGAACGCAGUGAAACAAAUAAAGGCUGGGAAAAGCCCUGGCUGCGACAACAUUCGUCCCCACCCAACGUUUCAGCAGAUACUGCCAUGAUAAAAGGAUACCUGAAACGUGGAAAAAAUCAAGGACGAUACUACUGA